AUGGCGGAGAGUUCGGCUGUUGCCGACAGAAGCACUGGCAUUAUCCAAGUGGGCAUUUUGACAGUUAGUGAUAGCUGUUUCAGUAAGACAGCAGAAGAUCGCAGUGGACCUAAACUCCGGAAAUUAAUUGAAGAGAAACAUGUAUUCAAUGGCCUGGUGGUGGCACAAGCUAUUGUCCCUGACGAGAUUGACAAGAUUAAGGCCAUUCUGGUAUCAUGGAGUGAUGACAGACAGCUGGAUGUGAUACUGACGACAGGUGGGACAGGGUUUGCUCCUCGGGAUGUCACCCCUGAGGCCACGAAGGCUGUAUUGGAGAAGGAAGCACUAGGGAUGUCUGUGGCCAUGAUAAAAGGAUCACUGGACAUCACACCCUUAGCAAUGCUGUCCAGAUUGGUCUGUGGGACUAGGAAGGGCACACUUAUUAUCAACUUGCCUGGUAGCUCUAAAGGAUCUCAGGAGUGCCUAGGGUUUGUUGUGCCAGCCAUACCUCAUGCUGUAGACUUGUUACGAGGACACAAAGAGGGUGUCAAAGCUACUCACAAAGCACUGCAAGAGAAAGGCCCUGUAAGCCAGGGAAACAGGACUGAAGAUGCAGGAACAGAUGAAGUAGAAGAAUUGCAUUUGCUGGGGAAAGAUUCUGGACGGUCUACAAGAUCUAGAGAACACAGACAUAAGAGGCACAAGGAACAGCCCAAACUACGGAAACUGAAAGAUAGACGAAGUAAAAGAAAGAGAACAACCAGAACUGUGCAUUCUGAGACCAUCUUUGAUGGUACAUCAGGACUUGAGAACAGCAGUGUUAUUGCUAGUGAGCAUGGUGACCAUCCAGAAGGUAGACAUAGCCAUAUGGUGACAAGAUCGAGGCAUUCAAGGAAAGCUAAGUCUCCUGGACAUGGGAAUGCCAGUGAUAGCCUGAAAGACAUUAGUGAAGCUGUAUAUGUCAUUAGAGAAGAGGAAGUUUGUGAUGGUCAUGUCGUUUCUGAGGUAGAGGUGCCAAACAGUGCUGAAGUGAAUAGUUGUGAGGUUGAGCCCAUGGAUGAGGUUGAAGGUUUAGCACAGGAGGAGGUCUGUGAGGUGAUAAUUCCAGGUGAGAACUCAGCCAGUCUUACAGGUGAGGAUGAGAAUGUGGCCGAGACAGCAGUAGUCAGUGUGGACAGUACAGAAAGUCAGCCUCAGAUAAAUCUGCUCCUGGACUGUGGAGGUGACUCGGCUGCCAGGGUGACAGCUAGUCAUGAGGAGGACAAGGAAAAUAGUGCAGAUGGUUCUCCCUAUGCAGCGCCGAGCACACCUGACCAGUCCUCUAAUGUGUCUGUGGCUAACAGUGAACACGGUGAUGCCAGUGUGUAUGAGUUUAGUGAGAAAGGUGCUGAGGCAGCCAAGGCGGACGUAUCAACAGGUAUAGCAACUGCCUCUGAAACUGUGGAAUCCUCCAGAAAAGGUGCCAAAUUAUCCAGAAAAUCUCAGAGUGGGAUCUCUAAACGAGAAAUUUUACGGGCCAAAAUUCACAAAGUACGGACAAAUGAAUAUCCAAUAGACUAUGUGGAAGUUGGUGAGAAAUUUAAAGCAUACUUUCAAACACAUCCUGCAAUAAGAGGAAUAUAUCUUAAUAAAGGAAAGCGUGAAGUGAAGCGCAAUCUGGUGGUGUUGAGUAGAGCAGACAAGGCUGUGGACAGGGGAAGCUGGCAGCGAGGAAAACAUGUUCAUGAACGCAACAGGCUGGACGACCAUUUCCAGCUGACAGAAGAGGGCAAGAAAAAGAGGGAGAUGAUUUUGAAAAGGCUACACCGAGAUGAAUAUGCUGUGAAUUGGUACUUGUUCUGCCCAGGACAUGGGAACUGUCGGCGCAAAUGUGGAGGCUAUGGCAAAUGUGUUGAAGGGUGUAAAGGCAUGUCUCACAAGCAGGACCGUCACAACUGCUCUCUGAUGGUGAACCUCAAGCUAUUUGUCAGUGACCUCAUGCAGUGGAGAGUUCACAUCACUGGCUGUCAUGUUCCAGUGGAGGCAAACUUCACCUGGAUUCCGCCCACCUCAAAUCAAGAGAGAAUCAGCGAAGACAUCCGUGAUGUCAUUCUGUCAGCUUCAGAGAAGAAGGCAAGUCCCUCCCAGAUUCAACAGAUGGUUAAUAAAGUGAUUGGACCAGAGACAUGUGCUAGCACUCAUAUCACGCCACCCUCAAAGCGACAGAUCGGACGUCUUGUAUCUAGCAUGAAGAAGCGGCGUAAGGUGAAAGACUAUAAUUUUAAAGACAAGACCACGGUAGAAAAUGAGGAUAACCAGGUUGGUGAAACAUAUGAGUGUGAUCACCCUGUGAGGUCAAAAGCUGUCACUACGUCAUCAGAAACGCAAGUACAGGCUUGUACUAGUCAUGAAGGAAUUUAUCAAGGAAAUCACCAAACCAUGAACAUCCCAUGCACAUCUGUGACUGUGUGCAGUCCAACAGCUAAUCAGAUGAAUCCUGCAUUGAUUCAGACUCAGUCACACCCCCAGCUGAUGCCACAUGACCAGAUGCAGCCAAUUAUGCAGGCCGUGUCUAACAUGACUCCUGCAAAUCCUGGCGGUGUUAUCACUGGACCACAGCUAUUCAUGUAUCAUGAUUGCCCUGAUCAGCCAGCCUAUUACUACACACCCACACCUGCACCAACUACCAUGCAUGUGCAGACAGUGGCUCAGCACGGGGGUGGGGUGGCUGUCCCCGCAGGCACAGUGACUCAGCCCUCACAGACACCUGUUAUGUGCCCAGUGCAGACACCCAGUAUGGAGAUUAUGGAGGUAUCAGGAACAAACACAGCAGUGCCACAAAUGCACGACGUCCAAGUGGCUAGUCCCAAGUUGUCAAAUCCAUUAAACUUUCAGACUGAAAAACAUGGUAGUUCCAAAUUUGAGCUGACUGAUAGUCAACACUCUCAUGGCCACAGCAACCACCAUCAUGGAAGUGAUCACCAUAGCAACAACCAUCAUGGAAGUGAUCACCAUGGCAACUACCAUCCACAUGGAAAUGAUCGCAAAGGACAUUACCAUGACAGUGAUCAUGAUGGGAGCAGCCAUCGUGAAUGCAAGCACACGUUUCCAUCUCAUAAUGUUGAAAGUGACAUUGGCAUAUCACGGGUAGCCUACAGGCCGCGAGAAUCUCCCUACCCAAUGAUUACUGUCCCUGAGGCAAUGGCUAAGGUCUUGGCUGAGUCACCUGUACAGUCCACAGAACUCGUGGAUACCUCAGAUGCUCUGGGUCGAUUUCUGGCAGAAGACAUCUUGGCAGCUGAUCACCACCCUCCAUUCCCAGCCUCAAUCAAAGAUGGGUACGCUGUCAUUGCUGCAGAUGGUGAUGGUAUAAGGCAGGUACUAGGCGAAGCAGCCGCUGGAGAUGAUCCCCAGGAAGAGGUGUUGCCCGGUCAGUGUGUACGUAUCAACACAGGUGCUCCACUACCCCGUGGCGCUGACAGUGUGGUACAGGUGGAGGAUACCCAUCUGGAGAAGGCGGCUGAUGAGGGGCAAACCGAGGUGGAGAUCAAAAUCAUGAGGGCCCCAACUCUGGGACAAGACAUCAGACCUGUAGGUUCUGAUAUCCCCAAAGGUCACCAAGUAUUGAGCUCUGGAAUGAAACUGGGACCUGCAGAACUGGGUCUUCUGGCAACUGUUGGUGUGAUGACAGUGAAAUGUCACAAACUUCCUGUUGUUGGUGUCAUGUCUACUGGGAAUGAGCUGAUAGAACCAAACGCACCUCUGUCUAGUGGGAAAAUUAGGGACAGCAACAGGAUGACUCUUCUGAGUCAGAUCAAAGAGGCUGGCUUCCCUGUGGUAGACCUGGGCAUAGCCAAGGACAACACUGAUGAUCUGAUGGAUCUGUUGAGAUCAGCUAUGGAGAGAGCAGAUGUUAUAAUCACCUCUGGAGGAGUAUCAAUGGGUGACAAGGACCUGCUGAAACAAGUGCUGCAGCAAGGUUUACAGGCAGAAAUGCAUUUUGCAAGAUCUGAAAAACUGAAACCCACGACUUUCUUUACAGUUCAACAAGAGAAGAAGAAAGUCCUGUUUUUUGGCUUGCCGGGUAAUCCUGUGUCAGCCCUAGUGACAUGUAAUCUGUACGUUAUCCCAGCGCUGAAUAAAAUGGCUGGGAACCCCGCGCCUGAAAGAACAGUUAUCAGGGUCAAGGUGGAAAGAGACAUUUAUCUGGACCCACGACCUGAAUAUCAUAGAGCAGUUAUAACCUGGCACCCAGGAGACCCCAUCCCAUCUGCCACCAGCACAGGAAACCAGCUGAGUAGUCGUCUACUCAGUAUGUGUUCAGCUAAUGGGCUGCUAGUGCUGCCACCCAGGAGUGAAGAAAAACAGAUCAUGAAGGAAGGGGAGUUAACUGAUGCCAUGAUCAUUAACAGACUGUGAUGCCCAUUGAAUUGUUUAAUUCAGAUAAUUAUUGUGUGGUUUUAUGUUAAUACAAAUAUUAAUAUUAUUAUUAAACAGUUUAGUCAAUGA